GUCUUGUUGGGGUCAUUUUGGUCCCGCGCUCGCUCGUCGCCAUGGCCAAGGAGAAGAAAGUGCGCAAGUUUGCCGCGGUGAAGCGCAUGAUUAGCCCCAAGGACACACGCAUCAAGUCUGUGCAAGUGGCCGUGGCCAAGAAGGAGCUCAAGAAAAAGGAGAAGGAAGCUCCCCGCCAAAUCGAUCAAAUCCCGUCCAACUUGUUCUUCAAGUACAACGCCGACCUUGGCCCACCGUACAACAUCUUGGUGGAUACGAACUUUAUCAACUUCAGUAUCAAGAACAAAUUGGAAGUCGUGUCGGCGAUGAUGGACUGCCUUUUGGCCAAGUGCAUUCCUUGCAUCACCGACUGCGUCAUGGCCGAACUGGAAAAGCUCGGACAUAAGUACCGUGUCGCACUGCGUCUGGCCAAGGACCCUCGUUUCGAGCGACUCCCAUGCACGCACAAAGGCACAUACGCCGAUGACUGCUUGAUGCAGCGCAUCCAAUCGUCGCGAUGUUACAUUGUCGCAACAUGCGAUCGUGAACUCAAGCGCCGAAUCCGCAAAGUGCCCGGUGUCCCCAUUAUGUACAUCGCCCAGCGCAAGUACGCCAUCGAGCGCAUGCCUGAAGCAAACGCUGCCAAGAUCAAAUAGACAACGAGUAGUCGAGUGUAUAUUUAAGAGGAAAUGCACUGCAUUGUUGCAUCAUGCAGA